ACGGCAACGUCAGAUCUGUCCUAUGUUUACCUCCUCCUCUCUUGCUCAGUAGAAAUAGGUUAACUAUUAGUUCCAGAAUAAUAAAUAUUAAUAAAUAUUAUAAGUUAAAUGCCAGUCGAAUUCUGAAAGAAGCCGUUAUAAAAUAGAAAAAAGCAAUCAGAACUCUAAGUAGUUUUCGUUUUAAUGAUUCAUCCAAAGUUCUCUAUAAGGGCUCUGCUAAACAUAAUAAGUACCUUGGAUUAUCAAAUGUCGACAUUUGGCCAGCCAGUCGAAGCAGCGAUAACCAGCAAACUCCAGAGCAGUCUAGCACCCUCUUAUUUAAAAAUAAUUAACGAGUCAUACAUGCAUAAUGUUUCGAAGGGAGCGGAAACACACUUCAAAGUCAUUGUGGUGACCGAAAAAUUCAAUAACUUGUCUUUAAUUAAGGUUAUCAGCGCUUGCCGGUCAGAAUUUAAAAUGCCGCCAAAGAAAGCCCUGACUAAAAAGGUGGCUGAAGAAGAUGAAGCUUCACCAGCAAAACAACGGCGAGUGUUAAGACCGCGUAAGAAAAAUCCGGAGGAAAAACCGAUUGUGAACGAGCCAACAGUAAAACAAAAGGCUCCGAAGCAACCGAAGUAUACAGUCAAAAACCCAGAGGAAGCAAAAUCAGAAAAGAAAACAAACUCAAAAAUUAAAUCAAAAUCAAGAACCGAAGAAAAUUCGAUUGAGGGAGUCCCUAAACGAAAGGAAAAAGAAAAGACAGCUACCGAAAUACAAAGUAGUCUCUCAAAUCCACCGGAAACUAAAGGAAAAAAUAUUAACGUUAGUUGCAGCAAAAAAAGUGCGAAAGGUAAAUCGUUCAAUUUAAAAAUUACAUCAUGGAAUGUAUCUGGGCUCAGGGCAUGGCUGAAAAAAGACGGAUUAACUUCAAUGCUGCAUGAACAGCCAGAUGUGUUCUGCAUUCAGGAAACUAAAUGCAGCGAAAGCAAGUUACCCAAGGAAAUCCAAAAAGUAAAUGGAUACCACUCUUACUGGUGCUCUAGUAAGAAGGAAGGUUACGCUGGUGUUGGAGUGCUGUCAAAAAUUGAGCCACUGAAUGUUAUGUAUGGUAUUAAAGACCAAGCACACGAUGAAGAGGGUAGAUGCAUAACUCUUGAAUUUGAUACGUUCUAUGUGAUCAACGUGUAUGUGCCGAACGCAGGCCGAGGUUUAAAAACAAUAUCAAAAAGGCUGGAAUGGAACUCAUUAUUCAAACGCUAUGUAAAAGCGUUGGAUGAUACCAAACCGGUUAUUCUGUGCGGCGACAUGAAUGUUGCACAUACUGAAAUUGAUUUGACCAAUCCGAAAACAAAUAAGAAUAAUGCUGGUUUUACACAGCAAGAACGAGAUGGAAUGUCGGAUUUCCUUCAAGACGGUUACGUAGAUUCCUUUAGGUUCUUAUACCCCGAUGUAACAAACGUUUAUACGUUUUGGAGCUAUAUGGGAAACGCCCGAGCUAAAAAUAUCGGUUGGCGAUUGGACUACUUUAUCAUUUCUGAAAGUCUUAAAGAAAAGGUUUGCGACAGUACCGUAGCAAGUGAAGUGUAUGGAUCAGAUCAUUGUCCAAUAAAUUUGUUUAUUAGUAUAUAAUGGGUUCAAUAUCAUUUGAGGUUUACGAAACUUAAUGUUAAGGUUUUUAUGUGAAUGUCCCACUUUUAUAGCAUUAUUGUUAAACAACGUAUCUAUUACAUGCGUUUUUCUGUUUUUAACUAAUAUAUUAUAUAACAACA